UAGCUAUGUGGCUAGCUCCAAGCGGAAGUCUGCGUUUUACGUCAUCAGUAUGUAGUCGUACGUAACUUGACAGCUCUGGCAACGUCGGUCAACUUAAACAAGCCUGUAGCAACGUACUAACGUCAACGUGUAUUGUGGUUCAGCCGUAAAGUUGUUAAUUAUUUACCAUGCUGUUGUGGGGCUCGCCAGCUGUUCGGGGCGGCGUCGGACUCGUACACUCCUGGUGUCGGACAGCCAAGCUCCAUGGGAUCCUGCGGCGUCGCCGGUGUGUCUUCACGUCUUCAGGCAAGUUAGCCAGAGAGGACCGCGAGGACGAGGCGAGCCACCGGCAGCCGCUGAGGGAGUGGAGCCUGGAGGUCAGCCCCUUCAGCACGGUACGGGCACGGCUAUGUUGCAGCAUCUCCGUCCGGCCCCUGGACCCGCACGCCUUCCCCGAAGCGGACCGAGCCUUCGUCGCGGUCCACGGAGGGCAGGAGGUGAAGGACGUGGAGGACUUCAGCGUCCACUAUGACGACCAGGGCAAGGAGCUCCACAUCACGGCCGAGAGGGCUGACAGCAACUUGUCUGUUCACCUGUCUGUACCCGUCAAGAGCAAUCUCUUCAUCAGCACCCGUGGCCAAGGCAAUGUGCAGGUGAAGAACAUGGAGUGUGACGUCUGCAAGGUACACACCGAGAAAGGCAACUGCUCACUGCGUUCGGUCAAGGGCCAUCAGGUAGAGGUGCGCUCAGGUGGCGACGUCACAGGCGAGGGCACUAUCCAUGGCAACGUGGACAUCAGCGCUUUUGGAAAGGGUGCGGUGCGCGUCAAGAAGCUGCAGGGCACCGAGAUGAAGGUCUCCACAGAGCACGGCGGCCUGGCGGUGAAGGCCAUCUACGCUGAAUCCAGCUGCGUCUCUUCCUGCACCGGGAAGGUGGAACUGGGACUUGUGCACGGUGACGCCACUGUGAAGAACAUAUCAGGCCAUACACUCAUAGAUGGCUCCAAUGGCCUCUUGAAGGUUUCCUCUCAAAGCGGAGGCAUCGAUGUGUACGUGGGAGACGGCGCCAGCUCUGAGGUGCUCAGCCGGGAGGGAGCGGUGUGCGUCCGUGCCCCCUCUUCGCUACGAGCAGAGGUGGAGCUCUGUGGAGCAUCGGUUGACGUCAGCCGUGAUGUGACGCUGCUCCAGGUCCAGGAGAACACCACUGAAAACCAAACCAGAGUCACUGGCUACAUGAACUCUGAUGGUCCGGUGGGACAGUGGAUCCGAGUUAAGACGGAAAGAGGCUCGGUAACCCUGAGGAUGCAAAGCUGGUUCCAGUCCCUGAAGCUGGGAGGCUGAAAAGUCACAUCGCGGCACUUACAGUGUCACUCACAGACAAUUGCACCUCACAUAUUGAAUAUAACCAAUUACAACUGUGAAGACUGAAAAAAAAAUACACCUGUGUGCUGUUGAAUUUGUAUUUAAUAAAAACACGGGUAUUUAUUACAGUAACAUUAUUUUACACUCAACAUGAAAUAUUGCCUUCAUAAGUCUUUGCAUAGUUCAAAUUGCAUCAACAAAAGAUGCCCUAGAUUUCCCAACAAUGGGAUUUAAGUGCCAUUUAAUUUGAGGUAACCUAACAUGAUUUAAAUAUACACACACACACAAUUUGAAGUAAAUAUAAUGACCUCUGCCAAGGAGGUUAUGUGCAAAGUGUCGUUUUGUUUGCUGCUUUAGUUGGCAGAAUUAUUGAAGGUAAUUGUGGUAUGUGGGCAUUUUUUCCCAUUUUACAUCACUGUCCAAUGAAAAAUAAAAAAAUUUACCAUCACUGUUCAAUCACAAUUUCUUUAAAUGUAUUAAAACUGUUUGAUGAAAAUCUCCCUUUUUCCUUCACUGUCAAUUUUCUCACGUCAAUGAAAAAGUUUAAAUGUU